ACUUCUGCCAGACGCGGCUUCUGAUUGCUCCGCGCCGCGUUUGGCGCUUCUCGCCAGAGGUCUCGAGAGAAGCAGCGCUGCAAUCUUGGUUGAGGGCAACUCUGUGGGCUCCUCAGAGCUCUCCACGUUCCUUCCUAAAUCCGGCCGGGAACGGCGGAAUGAAUCCGCCUGGAGAUGGCGGGACGGAGCCUAAAUCCACUGGGGAUGGAGCCUAAAUCCCGUGGGAUCGAGCCAAAGCACCCAAAUCCUGGAGCUUCCAUGGAUUGGGGCGGUACUGGAAAGGGCGGGCGGUGACGUCACCUCGCCUGGCCCCGCCCCCCUUUAGGCGCUCCUCGUGAGGCGGCUGCGCCGUUUGUGCGCGCGUCCCCAGCGAGGCCGGUGCUGAGCCUGGACCGGCGCCUGUCCCGGGACUCGUUCGCCACCCGAGCGUCCCCAGGGUGUCCCCAGUGACGAUGGAGCCCCAAGAGGUGUCCCCUGCCCAGCUGCUGGAGCGGCAGGUCGCCGUGGUGGCCACCCUGGGCACGGUGGUGGCCGCCGUGACCGGGCAACACAGGGACGUGCGGCGGCGCGUGUCCCCAAAGUUCCUGCAUGCGGCCCUGGGGCGAUUCACCCAGAGCCUCCGUGAGACCCUGGACCACGGCGAUGUCACCUCCCUGGGCCACCGUGGUGUCCCCUCCCUGGGCCAGGCCCUGGCUGCCUUUGAACCCACCCCAGAGGUCUGGGACCAUGCGGGAGCUGUGGCCAAGGCCUGGCGGGAGUUGGUGGCCACGCUGGAGGAGAGAUGGAAACGCCUGGCCUGGGAGGCUGCUGAGUUCUGUGUUGUCUGUGAGCAAAUGGACCCCGCCCGGGCCAGGGACCCACAGGACGAGGCCACCCACCGGGGGACAGCUUGGGACAACCUGGUGGCCACGGUCCGGUGGUCGACAGUGGCCCUGGACUGGGAGGAGGAGGUGGCCUCGGCGGAAGCCACACGCGAUGCCCUGGAGGCAGCGGCCACCAGCGAGGCCAUGGACGAGGCCGUGGUGGCCACCAGCCGGGCAAGGGUGGCCACCAGGAGGGGACAUUGGGCAGAGGCGGCGCUGGAGCCGCUGAAGCGCUUGGUGACCGCGUGUGACAGAGCCAUGUUGUUCCUCUUGGAUCUGCAGUGGCUGCUCGAUGAGUUCGAGGCUGAUGUGGAGUGGGCAUGGGCAGAGGAGGAGUCCUCCAAUGUCCCCGAGGCCUUGGCGGCCAAAGUGGCCGAGUUUGAGCAGCUGUGGGAUGCCAGCGCCCGCCUGUUCAGGGAUCAUCUGCUGGGGACACUUGAGCUCAUUGACAACAUCCUCUCGAGUCCCUAUGCUGGCCCUGGUGGCACCGGUGGCCCAGGUGGGCCCGGCAGCCGCGCAGUGGCCGAGAGGUGCCAAAGAGCCAUCGAGGACAUCCCGAGGCUGCUGCAGGGACAGUGAUGUCACUGCUGUGAUGUCAUUGGGGCAGUGAUGUCACUGGGGAGACUUGUGGACACUUGAGUGCCACCAGCUCCUCCUGUCCCAAGAGCCCCCAAGUGCCACCAGCUCCCCAAGUGCCACCAGCUCCUCGUGUCCCCAGGAGCCCCCCAAGUGCCACCAGCUCCCCAAGUGCCACCAGCUCCUCGUGUCACCAGGACCUCAUGCAGGAGAACCUGGCGGGUCCCUUGGGGCUCAGUCCCGUCCCCCCCCCAUUAUCAGCCAGGACCCCCCUGUGAGAAACGGGUCAGAAUUGAAAUUUUUAUAAAAGUUUGUUAGGGGAUAAAAUCCUGGUGCUAAUUGCCAAAAGCUCACCCUUAAUUAAGCCGUGUUCUUUACGUCCUGUUACAUCACAGAGGUUCAUGCAUAUUCAUGAGGGUUUAUGCAUAUUCAUAACAUAUUGUUGAUCUAAAAAAUUA